AUGAAUUUAACCAGUUGUAUGGGAAUUACAAAUGGCGUACAUAAGAAAUCGUGUGGAAUCACACAUCAUACUGAACCGCUGGAAAAUAAGCUUCAUGGGAUCGUCACUGAAGGAUUUGAGCACCUGAAAGGACUAGACCACGUAAACGUGUGUAAAUACACAAAUGUGAUAAGAAUAGACGGAAACUCAUACCUGUUUGUUUCGGAAGGAUACUCACUAACGUUAAAUAGAAUCUUUAAGAGCGCCAGUGAAGAGUUUUUGAAGAUAAAUUUCGCAAAUAUUGUAAACCAGAUCAUAUGUGGAUUGCAAUACCUGCACAGCUCAGGAUUCUCACACGGAAGACUGACGCUGGACUGCAUAGCGAUAUCAGACGAAGGAUUGGUAAAGAUAGGAGGAUACGCAAACAACUAUGUGAACAACAUAGUAAGUUAUAUGAUCAGUAAGAUGGAAAUGGAAGAAGAAGAAGAAGCUAAAGAAAAUCAACACAGAAGAAACUAUAUUAUGAACGGGUUUGGAAUGGAUGAUAGAAAUGAGUUCAUUGAGUGUGUAAAGAAUUCAAACUACCUGUAUAACCUAAUGUUGUAUAUGCCGCCAGAAGUAGUGUUUUGGAAUGAAAAGAAGGUAAAGAAUGGUUUAUUCUGGUUUAACGUUGAUGUUUGGUGCCUGGGAAUAUGCAUACUGCUGAUGGCAUUUUACGUAAUAUGGGAAAGCGAAGUUAAGUUAGACGCUCAGCAUACACACACUGAAGAAGGUUGUAAAAUAGGAUCGGGGUUUGAAAGGUUGAAAAAAUUGUUCAAUUUAGGAGUAGGAGAAAACACAACGGUAGUGGAAGCAUACCUGUUUGUACAAUAUUUGCUUGUGUUAAUAAAUAAAAUGGAAAGGAACAAUAGUCAACUUUCAACAAUAGGACUGAACAUAUGCAAAAUAGUAACGUCACAGUUUAAGUUCUCAUCAGAUGAAAAUGAAUCUGAAAGCGUAAAAUUAAUAAAUAAAAUAUUUGAAAAGGUAAAAUAUAAAGAGAUAAAUUGUAAAAAUAAUAAAACACACGUCAGUAAUAAUGGCUAUGAACAAUUGGUAGUACCGAAGGGAGGGAAUGAGGAGAAGAAAUCUGAUGUGAAAAGAGAAAUAUCCUGUGAAGAAGCAAUAUCAGUAUUGAUAGAGCUGUUGACAGGAGAGGAUGUGUUGAGAAAUUUGAUAAAAAUAAACGAGAAAUCGGAAGGAUGGAGUGUCGAGCACAAGAAAUACGUAGAAAGCUUGAAUUACCUGCUGAGUGUAGCAAAUUAUUGCCUAAUAAUAGAGAACGCACAAAGGCCAUCGGCAUUGGAUUUAUGCUCAAGGCACUUCAUGCUGAAGUUAUCUCAAAAAAAUAUACGUAAUGUGUAA